GGAGGUCCCAGUGUGUGUCCGUGUCCAGCUCCCUUGGAACUGCCACCACUGCUUAGUCCAUCAUCACCAUGCAUCUGUCGACGCUCAUCCACAUUUUCGCCCUCCUUGCACUGGCUAUCGUCUCGCCUAUAGUCGCGCUCCCCAGCAACGAUGCCACUCUUGUGGCUCGCAGCGCCCCGUCCCUCCAGGCUCGCGCCUCAACGCCCUCGCUCAUCGCGCGUAGCCCCGUACCCUCAGGCGCCCUCAAGAAACGUGCUCUCCGGCAGAAGCCACUGACACCCGAGGAGGCCAUCUCGCAGCAGCUCUGCCCGACGCCGAUGCGCGUAUGUUCGAUUGACGCGCAGUCGUCGCCGACGACUCUGACGGAGUGGAUUCGGGAUGGGUUCGAGUGUGUGGACACGUUUGAGGACCUCACCUCGUGUGGUGGAUGCGGGAGCGUUGAUACCAAGUACGAUUGUACCGCUAUCAAAGGCGCGCAUGCUGUGUCUUGCGUCGUUGGUCAAUGCCGCAUAGACUCAUGCACGAAGGGCUACACACCUUCGUUGGAUGGCAAGUCAUGCGUUUGGACCUAUUGAGCAUGCUUCCCUCUCCAGUUCGUGGACAGACUUUGGUUUGAACUUUUGUAUUGGUUAAACAUCCAUAGACGUCCCCUUGUCAUCAUCGGACCUUUCAUCUACCGUUCGUUGCUUUCUGUCAUGGACUCCCUUCAUCACCGUGCAUCAUUGUAAUCUUUCUACCCUCCAUGAACAUGGACUUAUCGUCUCUGGCGGUGCCAGCUCUCCUGAAACCGGACUAUUUAGACUCUUGGAUUGUAUCCUGCUGUAGAAUUCGCAAGGCCUGUCGGUCCUUGCGCCCUUUACGACUUGGACACGUCUUGUCACAUUAUCUUAAAAUUCA